UGAGCGGAAGCCGGAAGAAGGGCCUAGGCUGCGGAAACGGGUCCAAGGCGAAACAUUCCUCUGCGGUCGGUCCAGUCAGGUUUUGAGAAGAGGAGCACGAUGGGGCGAGGCGGAGGAACUUUCGAGCGGCUUCUAGAUAAAGCCACCAGUCAGCUUCUCCUGGAGACAGACUGGGAGUCCAUCCUGCAGAUCUGUGACAUGAUUCGUCAGGGUGACACCCAGGCGAAAUACGCUGUGGGCGCAAUAAAGAAGAAGGUCAAUGAUAAGAAUCCUCACGUGGCUCUGUAUGCACUAGAGGUUAUGGAAUCUGUGGUAAAGAACUGUGGUCAAACGGUCCAUGAUGAAGUUGCUAACAAACAGACUAUGGAGGAGCUGAAGGAAUUGCUAAAGAGACAAGUUGAGGCCAAUGUUCGUAAUAAAAUUCUCUACCUGAUCCAAGCUUGGGCUCAUGCCUUUCGCAAUGAGCCCAAGUACAAGGUGGUGCAGGACACCUAUCAGAUCAUGAAGGUGGAAGGUCACGUUUUCCCAGAAUUCAAGGAGAGUGAUGCAAUGUUUGCAGCAGAAAGGGCUCCAGACUGGGUGGAUGCAGAGGAGUGUCACCGUUGCCGAGUCCAGUUUGGAGUGGUGACUCGCAAGCAUCACUGCCGGGCAUGUGGGCAGAUCUUUUGUGGAAAGUGCUCCUCCAAGUACUCUACCAUUCCCAAGUUUGGCAUAGAGAAGGAGGUGCGGGUGUGCGAGCCCUGCUAUGAGCAUCUCAACAAAAAAGGAGAAGGGAAAGGAACUGGCACCACGGAGCUCCCCCCUGAGUACUUGACCAGCCCUCUUUCUCAGCAAUCUCAGAUGCCCCCAAAGCGUGAUGAAACAGCCCUGCAGGAGGAGGAGGAGCUCCAGCUGGCCAUUGCGCUGUCCCAGUCAGAAGCAGAGGAGAAGGAAAGGAUGAGGCAGAAAACGACCUAUUCCACAUACCCCAAGACUGAGCCAGUACCCAUCACUUCAUCUGCCCCUCCAGUCAGCACCCUUUAUUCUUCACCUGUGAACUCCUCUGCUCCUCUGGCUGAGGACAUUGACCCGGAGUUGGCUCGUUACCUGAACCGCAGCUACUGGGAAAAGAAGCAGGAGGAAGUCCGCAAGAGCCCCACCCCUUCAGCCCCACUGUCUAUGGGGGAGCCAGCUGCCCAGACCACUGAAAUUCAACCUGCUCCACUCAGCGUGGUGGAACAGCAGUAUCAAAAUGGUGAAACCGACGAAAGCCAUGAGCAGUUCCUGAAGGCCCUCCAGAAUGCCGUCACCACCUUUGUCAACCGCAUGAAAAGCAACCACCUGCGAGGCCGGAGCAUCACCAAUGACUCUGCGGUGCUCUCACUCUUUCAGUCCAUCAACAGCAUGCACCCCCAGCUCCUGGAGCUGCUCAACCAGCUGGACGAGCGUCGCUUGUACUAUGAGGGACUUCAGGAUAAGCUCGCUCAGAUCCGGGAUGCACGAGGAGCCCUGAAUGCUCUGCGGGAGGAGCACAGAGAGAAGCUGCGCCGCGCUGCUGAAGAGGCGGAGCGUCAGCGACAGAUCCAGCUAGCCCAGAAGCUGGAGAUCAUGCGGCAGAAGAAACAGGAAUACCUGGAGAUGCAACGGCAGCUGGCCAUCCAGCGCCUUCAGGAGCAAGAGAAGGAGCGCCAGUUGCGGCUGGAGCAACAAAAGCAAACAAUCCAGAUGAGGGCGCAGAUGCCUGCUUUCUCUCUGCCUUAUGCUCAGCUCCAGGCCAUGCCUGCUGCUGGCGGGGUGAUCUACCAGCCUUCGGGCCCCACAAGCUUCCCAGGCACUUUCAGCCCAGCAGGCUCUGUGGAAGGGUCUCCUAUGCACACGGUGUACAUGAGCCAGCCGGCCCAGGGCAACACUGGACCCUACAAUGCAAUGCCCGUGGCAGGAACAGAUCCCAACGUAGUGAGCACCUACAUGUACCCAGCAGGCACUAAUAGUGCACAAACAGCUCCACAGGGACAGCCUGUUCCCAACACUAAUCCUGCCUAUUCCUCCUACCAGCCUACACCAACCCAGGGGUAUCAGAAUGCCGCUGCCCCCUCACAGACCCAGGCUAUUCCUGCCAUGACUCAGGCUCCGCAGUCUGGUGGCACAAUCGGUUACAUGGGCAGUCAGUCUGUUUCCAUGGGCUACCAGCCCUACAACAUGCAGAACCUCAUGACAACGCUUCCUGGCCAGGAUCCCGCUUUGAGUAGUCUGCCACCCCAGCAGCCUUACUUAUCAGGCCAGCAGCCUAUGUAUCAGCAGAUGGCACCCCCUGGAGGACCAUCACAGCAGCAGCCACCUCCCCAGCAGGCUCCAGCCCAGGUGCAACAGGCACAGGGGGGCAGUGGAGAAGCUCAGCUCAUUUCCUUUGACUAAACUCUCAUCUUAAAAGAAUGGGGAGGGGUGGGUUUCUAAGACAUUGAACACUACUAUCUCUUGGUCACUGCUGUACUUGCUACACCAUGGCUGUUACCUUGCACCAUUCCCUCAUGGCAGGGGUGUCCAACUCUGCCACUUCAGAUGUUCAUGGACUACAAUUCCCAUCACCCCCUCCUGGCAUUGCUGAUGGGAAUUGUAGUCCGUGAACAUCUGAUGUGCCAGAGUUGGACACCUCCGCCUUAUGGGAAUGGAGAACUGAGCCUCUGUUGUUAGGUAGUCUCCCACUGGCUACCUCUCCUCCCCUCUGAUUUCCCCUCCAUCCCUGUCUGCAAUACUAUUUAAGAGCCUUUCGGUAGGGCAGGAGCUAGGGCCAGCGGUGUUCACAUUUCCUUUGGGCUUUCUCUUUGGCUGGGAAGUGAUGGUGGCCCCCAGACUUACGUAGCUUCACUGGAGCUGGGUAGCAGACGAUAGCUUUUAAGCCACUCACUCCUAUGUGUACUACUGCAGAGCCAGAGAGCUUUCAUCUGGAACUAUAGCAUUUAAGCAUGCUCCAAAGCCUGAACAAAUGGGGCCCAACCUGCAGCAUGGUCUGAGCCUGCAUCUCCCCCCUUCCCACCCCUUAGUGCCCUGUACGGUUGUAUCAUGCCAAUCAAGUGGCCUUUACUCUAACUAUGCCCAACUCCCAUUAACUCAAAACUCUCUGUGUUGCUCAUAAUACUUUAACAAUCUCUAUACAGCCUCCCCUAGGACUGUAUCUCUUCUGUUCCCUUCAUUCUCUUCUAGCCCCUCCCCACCCUCUCUGCUUUUGAAGACUCAUCUCUCAUAUUUAGUGCUGGCGUAGACAGAAUGGAAUCAGUGACAGUAAAGUAUUUAAAACUUU